UAACAGAAAGUAUAGAAAAUAUAAAUUUAAUAAGAACAGUUUUCAGAUCGAAGCUCCGUGUUAUUGAAUGGUUGGCAUGUAAUUAACUAUAAUUGUAUUCAUAAUUUAAUUAAAUAAUUGUUGUUGAUUGUUGAAGUUUUCGAACGUUGUAUUGCAACGAAAAAGAAUGGCUUCUUCCAAAACUCAAAUAAUGUGGAUAACAAUGGAGAAAGAAAUUCAGGGGAUGAUGGAAGUGUGGCCGGAUGUUGUUCGCGAUAUUACGGAAAUGGUUACGAAUUUAAACAUUCCUGAUAUUGAUAAAUGGUUAGAAAAAGUAUUACAGUAUAAUGUUCUAAAAACAAAGAAAGUUAUUUGCUUAUCAUUGGUCUAUGCUUAUAAAUUGUUAGUACCUAAGGAACAACUAACAGAAGAUAAUAUUCGCUUAGUACGAAUUUUAGCAUGGUGUAUAGAAAUGACAUUAGUCUAUUUAACGUUAAUCGACGAUAUCAUGGAUCAAUCGUCAUUUCGUCGAGGCCAACCAUGUUGGUAUCGGUACAAUAAUAACGGUUUAAUGGCAAUCAAUGAUGGUUUCUUAUUAGAGAGCGCCAUGUAUUAUAUAAUUAAAAAACAUUUUAAAAGAAAAGAAUGUUAUAUUAAUUUAGUGGAAACUUUCCAAGAUAUUAAUUUUAAGUUACAACUAUCUCAGUGUUUAGAUAUGUACGCAUGCAACAAGAAACUUAACGACUUAGUAAAUCUAGAUCUAUUUACAAUGAAUCGAUAUAGGUCACUUGCCAUAUACAAAGGAUGUUUGAUGAUUGCACCAAUACGCAUAGCAAUGCAUUUUGCUGGAAUAAAAGAUCCAGAAAUGUUCAAUGAAUCAGAAACCAUCUUGUUAGACAUGGGGUACUUAAUACAAGUUCAAGACGAUUAUUUAGCGUGCUAUGGGAAUUAUGAAACUUUUCUAAAAAUAAGUACUGAUAUAGAAGAAGGAAAAUGUACGUGGGUAAAUGUUACGGCUCUUCAACACUUCACUCCAGAACAGCGUAAAUGUUUAGAAGAAUGUUACGGAGUUUCGGAUUCAGAGAAAGUGGGACGCGUGAAACAGCUCUUCACUGAUAUAGAUUUGCCGAACAUUUAUUUUUCAUACGAAAAAAAGGUAUAUAAUCGAAUAAAUAAACGAAUACAGCAAAUAUCAUCUGGACUUCCACGCAAUUAUUUCUUUGAUUUAUUAGAAAAGCUUUAUCGCAGGGAAGAAUGUUAUUUUUAAUUGUCAAUUCAAAAACAUAUAUUUUUUAAGUGAAGGAUCCAACAUAAAUUAUUUAGGGUGGAAUAGUCUAUUUUCUUAUAUUCACACAAGUAAAAAAUCUUUAUUUUGAUAAAAGCUCGCAGGAAAUGAUAAAUAUUUUGCGGUUCUCUAUAUGUCUGCAAUGAUACACAAUAACAUACGCCAUCAUAGAAGAACAUUUUUGGAUUUAAUACAUAUCCGAAUCUUUUAAUUUAUUUUCUUGUUUCUUUUUGCAAAUAACGGUACAUGUUAAUGUUCCUUUAUCACUAUAGUAUUUUAUCGUAAUGCUUAUAUCGUAAUAAGUUGCGUUUAAUUUGGUGUUUAUUUGUUUGUAAGCAUUAUUUGUCAUUGUUAUUUGUUAUUUGUCCUUGUUUAAUUUUGGUAUACAGAAAAAAUUUUAUAUCAAAUAUUACUAUCUAUAAUAGUAACUACAGAUUGUAAGAUAAAAUUUUAGAGAAUUAAAAGCCAUGUGUAGUGUGGCAAUUUAAUAAAAACAAUAAAAAUUUUAAUAAUUUCUUUCUUGGUCCGCGCUUACUAUUUAUUAUAAUAAUUUGUACUAUUAAAUGUUUUUUGUGUAAGUUUUGAUAAAAAAUAAAGUUAUGCUUAAAACUUACUUGUAUUUUAAUUUAUCACAUAGUAAUAAUACUAUACCAUUUAAUAAUAUUAAAGUCUACUAAAAAUAGAAUAGUUUGAUAAAGUUGUUUUUAUCAGCAUGUGUUUACGGUAAAAAAUAAAAUAUGUGGCUCAGUUCGUAUCGUAGCUGUGACUAGUAUCAGUUUUACAUAAUUCAACAUUGUAUAAUAUGUAUACACGGACAAAGUGUAAAAACUGUGCAAUAGUACUUAUGUGGUCAGUUUUUGAUUUUUAUUUAAAUAAAAGACUCGAUUAUAUCACCUUAAACAAAAGGUAAAAAUAAAAGUUUAAUAACACAAAUACAAACUAAAAAGUGGUAUAGUAGUUUUUGUAUCACUCACCCGCAAAAAAACCAGCCACCUAAUUUUUCUCAAACUUUUUAUUUUGUUUUAAUAGCGACAAUUCCGCCAAAAAUUAUCGUAUCAAGAUGAAUCAAAGUUCAAAUGAAAGCUUAAACUUUUCUCUUGAAAACCAUAUAAACUGUAAUUGAGUUACAGCAAACGUUUUACAAAAUGGCGGACAUCGAAGACAGUGCUUAAAAAAAAGGGUAAAAGAUUUUUUUAAUCUUUAAUCGCUAUUAAAAA